CAUUUUGCCGUCGCGGCUAAAACAUCUAACAUGGAAUGGACAGAUGAUCAUGACCACUCUCUCAGUCAAAAAAUUCUGGCUCUAGAACCCUUUAAAGCUAAAAAGGGAAGUAUCGCAAGAGGGCAGAUCUGGGAAAAAAUUGCCAGUAAUCUCAACUCCUUGAAAAUUCCAAGAUUUAAAGUUAACAAGCGCUCAGUGAGAGAGCGUUACACACUACUCAUUGAAAAAUUAAAGAAAAAGUUACAAGAAGAGAAAAAGGCUAGUGGCAUUGAGACUGACAUGAAUGAUGUUGAGAAAGCUUUGGAGGAAAUACUGGAAAAGGAGGCUGAUGCUGAAAAUAGUCUGGAAGUUGACAAGAAAAAAGAGGAUAGUGCCAAAGCUGUCGAGAUGCGGAAUAGAGCAAUGGAGAGCAUGCGUUCAACACAGAAAAGGAAGGAUGGUGAUGAAGUCGAGGAUGUAGAGAAUGCACAACCUAAGCGAAAAGUCACAAGGAAGAGUGGUGGGGACACAGUGGCGUAUCUGUGUGAGAAGAAUGAUAUGGUUCAGAAAUGGAAAGCUGAAGAGUUGGAAUUGCACAUGCAGUGCCUGGACAUAGAGAGAAGAAAGCAAGAUGAGUGUCAAAAGCAACAUCAAGAAAUGAUGUAA